UUCCUGGGUACCGAGAGAAGCUGACCGUCUGUGUGCCAUGGCUUGUGAGCAGGGGGAUCUUCAGAACCCUCUCAUACCACCACUGCCUGCUCCAAAACUCAACACUCAAUUCAAUGUAGAAGAGUCAUGGUUCCAGGGCUGCGGUCACACUAAUGUGUCCUGCAAGGUGAUCAAGGGCAAGCUGGUGGAGGUGGGCAAGUGGCCAUGGCAGGUGAGCAUUCUCUACCUGGGCAUCUACAUCUGUAGCGGCUCCCUCAUCCACCACCAGUGGAUCCUCACAGCUGCCAACUGUUUACAGAGAUCCAAGGAUCCCAAUCAGUACUCUGUGAAGGUGGGAGUCCAGCAGCUCCCAGAAAACAGCACCCAGCUCUCGAUCAUCCACAUUGUGAUCCAUGAGGACUUCAACAAUUCUAUGUCCCAGGACAUUGCCCUGCUGAAGCUCAGGGACCCCGUCUCCUGGUCCAUCCUCGUCCAGCCCAUCUGCCUCCCCAAGAAAGAUUUCAAACUACCCAUCGGAAGCACCUGCUGGGCCAUUGGCUGGGGAUCUACAGGGAAAAACAUCCUGAAGUUUCCGUACAGUCUUCAGGAGGUGGCCGUCAGGAUCCUACACAAUCAGGCAUGCAACCAGAAGUACCGCUUCCUCCGGUCCAGCGGCCAGAAGAAAUUCAUCGGGAAGGACAUGCUAUGUGGCGGCUCCGAGUGGGGCCUGGACACAUGUCAGGAUAACUCGGGCAGCUCCCUCGUGUGCCAAGUCAACGACACCUGGAUUCAGUUGGGGGUGGUGAGCUGGAGCUUCAGCUGCGGCCGGCGCCACUUCCCCACCGUCUACACCAGCACCCCGCAUUUCACCCAGUGGAUCCAGAAGCAGAUCUCCGACUUGAAGUUCGUCAGCCGGGCCGGCCCUGCCCUCCUCGCCGGCCACAUCCUGCUCGUUUCACUGGGCUCCCUGUGGCUGCUGUGA